AUGCUGUCUCCGAGGCUGUCUGCGCCGUCUACCUCUUUAUUGCGCUUCCUACGAUCACAAUCUGGGUUCUCAGCCGCACCGUCAGCAUGCGCUUAUCCGAAGCGUCUUGCCAGCCGCGAUAAAGGCUUCUCGACAGGGCCAUCCCCGGAAUUAUCAAGCUGGACGCGUCCCAAUACUCUCCAUGGCUCCGCAACACUUGGUAUCACUAGAGCAAGAGGCUCGCCGCCAUUGAUACCUGCACAGCUGGAAUUCUCGCGACACGCGUCAACAAAAAGCCGACCUUUUCUUCGACGACUUUUUGGCCCCAAGCGGAAUAAUGCUUCCGACUAUAAGAAUCAAGACCCGGCUGGCGCCGGGCCUAUAGAUGAAGGGACUGAGGGAAUGUUCAAUAUCGGCCGCAGCCUAUCUGCCAAGGCAUCAAAUGAGCUGCGAAUUCGAUGCACGGAAUUUGAUAUCAAUGGAGACGUUACACUCGUGAACGGAGAGUUCCGGAAGCAGGAGCUGAUUGCCAAGUAUGGCCUUCUUCCUCGAGAUCUACGCAAGAUCGAUUCGUCGACUCUCCCUCAUAUUCUGGUGCGACCUAGAGCAAUUCUCAUCAAUCUCUUGCACCUACGAGUCCUCAUUAAAGCGGACCGGGUACUCGUGUUCGACGCGUACGGAUCAACAGACUCGUAUAUGCAAUCGCUGUUCAUCUACGAUCUGGAAGGAAAGCUCCGCCAGAGACAAUCCCAAGGUGCAUCUCAACCUAGUCAGUCGCUGCCAUACGAGUUUCGUGCGCUGGAAGCCGUUCUCAUUAGUGUCACAAGUGGAUUGGAGGAGGAGUUCAAUGGAGUGAGAGAUCCCGUCGUGCGCGUUCUUCGUGCACUUGAGGAGGACAUUGACCGAGAUAAGCUCCGGCAUCUCUUGAUUUACUCCAAGAAACUGGGUACAUUUGAGCAGAAAGCUCGCCUAGUACGAGAUGCUAUUGAUGAUCUGCUGGAGGCCGAUGACGAUUUGGCAGCGAUGUACUUGUCUGAGAGGUCGAUCGGCAAAGAGCGAGAAGAGGAUGACCACCAAGAAGUGGAAAUGCUUUUGGAGUCAUAUCACAAAGUCUGUGAUGAGAUUGUCCAGGCCAGUGGUAAUUUGGUGACGAAUAUUCGCAAUACGGAAGAAGUAGUCAAGGCCAUUCUCGAUGCCAACCGCAACUCGCUCAUGCUCAUGGAUCUCAAAUUCAGCAUUGGAACACUGGGCCUCGCAACAGGAACAUUAUUCUCUGCUCUCUACGGCAUGAACUUGAAGAAUUUCAUCGAAGAAUCAGACUUCGGUUUCGGAGGUGUCUCUGUAAUCUGCUUUGGUCUGACUGGUCUCGUCUGUGUCUACGGUCUCUCGAAACUACGCAAGCUUCAACGGGUGCGCAUGUGGGGUGAAUCCGGCGUGGGAGGCUCCACUUUCGCUCCUCUCUCACCAAAGCGCAGCGCACUCGGUGGAAAGCGCAAUAACUGGCGUGCCGAUUCGAUCGAACCGGUCUGGGGCAGUCUCCCAGGGGAGGGCAGAUCUGAGCGCCUGAGGCGUCUCAAAGAGAAUUCAGCUGCAGCUGCAGCUCAAGCUGCAUCGAGAAACUUGAAACCAACACCUGCCAAUUCCCAGCCUACUAUGCAGGCAUCUGCUACGGCCUCUCACAAUGCUCGUGCGGAACGCGGCAACGGUCAUGGAAAAGAGACUGUUUAUCCUGAAGAUCAUAUUAAGCCUGAUGCAUGA